AUUGUAUUCUCGAAUCAAUCCGACGCAAGAUACGGUAGAGUACACCUUCAGGUGUGUGCUCUUGAACUUAGUCAAUAUUCGGUGUCAGUUGUAAUUUUUUUUCUUUCAUUGACUGGUGUUCCAAGCCUACUGUUCGGAGUUUUGUUUCUUUUUGGGAAUACAAUUUCUGAAGACAAAAUGGCUGUAACUUAUAAUCCGUUUACUAUGGUUAACAAUUUCCUGAACAAAUACCAAGAUCCACGAACAGCGGAUUGGAUGUUCAUGUCAAGUCCUUUUUAUACACUAGGAAUAUGUUUAUCGUACGUUUACAUAGUAAAGGUUCUUGGUCCUAAACUAAUGGAAAACAGAAAACCCUUCCAAUUAAGAAAAGUUUUGAUAGUUUAUAAUUUCCUACAAGUGAUAUUCAGUUUAUAUUUGUUCCUAGGGAUUGGCUUCAAUGGAUGGUUCACAGGGGAAUACAAUUGGAAAUGUCAACCUGUGGACUACACACAUAAACCUAGCACAAUAAUGAUGGUACACAUGUCCUGGUGGUAUUACUUCUCGAAAUUCACAGAAUUUUUUGACACCUUUUUCUUCGUUAUGAGAAAGAAGCAUGAUCAAGUUAGUACACUCCACGUGAUCCAUCAUGGUGUUAUGCCCAUGUCUGUUUGGUUUGGAGUUAAAUUCACACCAGGUGGACAUAGCACAUUCUUCGGUCUUCUGAAUACUUUUGUUCAUGUAAUUAUGUACUCUUACUAUAUGGUCAGCGCUAUAGGACCCCAUAUGCAGAAAUAUUUGUGGUGGAAGAAAUAUCUCACUACCCUUCAAAUGGUCCAGUUUGUUGGUAUAAUGGUACAUGCCUUCCAGUUACUCUUUAUUGACUGCAAUUAUCCACGUGCUUUUGUGUGGUGGAUUGGAUUACACGCAGUUAUGUUCUUCUUCCUUUUCAAGGAAUUCUACAACAAGUCCUACAAGAAUUCAAGGGCCAAAGCCGAGUCUCCCGUGAAAAAUGGAAGGCCGAAAGAAAAUGGACACAUAGAACAAAGUAAAGUAGGAAAAACUGUUAGCGAAUAUUACGUUAACGGUACUGCCGAUAUACAUCACAGGAUGAAGUCACAUUGAAAGAUAGAAAAUUGUUAUUUAUUUGAAAGUAUAUGGUCUCCUUAUACUUAGAUUGAGAUGAAACAUGAGUCAAGUACAUUGAAUUUGCUCAAUUAAUAUAAAGGUUCAGGAAUUGUCCGGGUUUUUCAAAAAUCUUAACAUAAGUGCUGAAAAUGUCCCAUUUAUAUACGUAGAAGCAUCAUCGAGGUGCAGAAGACCAUUCAUCAUCACUCGAACAAAUCACGAAUAUUAUUCAUACAAAUUCAUGUGAAAAUUUUUAUAGUAAUUUUAAGUCGGAUUAGAUCGAAAGCAGUAAUGUUAGCAGUAGUCGAUUCUUGACAAUUGACAUUCAAUAAUCGAAAAGGAAACAUCACAGUUACUUAGUCAAUCCAAUUUUAAUUGCUAAUUCUCUCUAUCAAAGUAUAGAACGAAGUUUUUUAUACAGCCUGUGAAAGAGAAUUAGCGGAAUGUGAUAAUACAUCUAUAUAUGUAGAUUGCAGCAGGAAUAGAUACUGCCAUAUAUAAUUUUUCGAUAUUUGAAAAGUAAUGACUAAAUCUUCCAUUUAAAUUAUUUAUCUCGCUAUCAUUCCAUAGGAUAAUUUUCAUUCAGCAAAGUUAUAUAUUUUACCAAUUGGAGUGAACUGUUUCACACGGGUGCUACUGUUAAAAAUUUUCUGUUUAUAUUGGUUGAUGAAUUGUUAGAAAAAAUUAGGCUUUAGAUAUGCAAUUUUACUUAAUGUUAAAUAUGAAAAUAGACAGUUAAUAUUAUUUGUUGUAAAUACUUUUAUAAAUACUAUGAAAAUAAAUUUAAUUUAAAUUUUA